CGGCCUCCAGUCCAUCCUCACUCAUCCAUCACUCCAUCUCAACCAACAACACCACUAACACUAAACCCAACAGCCCACAAACCCAACCAACCCAAAAAAACCCAACCACCAUGCACUGCCUCUUUUACCUCGCUUGCUUCUUGGCCGUCCUCCAGUCGGCAUUGGCCGUGCCAACUAUUGCCCCGCGAGCAGACACUACCGCCACCAAAGGCCACUCCGACGAGAAGUGCUGGGGCGUUUACUCCUACUCGUGUUUCGGAGGCGGCAUGUACUCCUUCAACUCACUUAGCUACCCUUGGUCUUUGUACGGCGCUUCCGCCUAUUUGCCCUACAAUUCUCUGCUCGGCUACCCCGGUUACCCUGGAUAUGGUGGACUCUGGAAGAAAGAUGCUUCAGAUGCUGGGAAAACACCCAGCUCAUCGGCUUGAGCUUCCGAUUCCACUAGGUCGGC